AUGGAUAUAAAUCUGAUUCCUAGACUUGAUCGUAAAUUUGACAAUAUAGAAGAAUCAUGGAAAUUUUGGAAAGCAUAUGGUAGGAGGACUGGUUUCAGUAUUCGAAAACAAAGUUUUAACAAAUGUAAAAAAGACAAGUCAUCAUAUUCUUCUUAUCUAUAUGUUUGUCGCAAAGAAGGGGUAAAAAAGCCAGACAAACGAGAUGCUCAAACAAGGAAGCCUAGAGAUGAGAUAAGAACAGGUUGCAAAGCAAGAAUGAAAGUGAAAAAUGUAAAUGGAAAAUUCAAAAUAAAUGAAGUUUUCCUAGACCAUAAUCAUCCUCUUCAGCCUCCUGAAGCUGUUCACUUGUUUGCAUCUUAUUGA